UUCUCACACCUCUCUUGUAUCGUCGCCACAAGGACCGGAAUGGGUUCCUCGUCUUCUCCUUCAUGUCUUCUCACUGGGGUCUUUCUUUUCCUAUCUGUUUUGGUGUCUGCGUUUCCCAGUGUUGUACAAUCCGGCAUAACGAGGCACUACAAGUUUGACGUACAAAUGGCAAACGUGACCCGACUCUGCAGCACGAAGAGCAUCGUGACGGUCAACGGGCAGUUCCCGGGGCCGAGGAUAGUGGCCAGAGAAGGCGACCGGGUCGCCGUCAAGGUGAUCAACCAUGUCCCCUACAACGUCACCAUUCACUGGCAUGGCGUCCGGCAGCUGCGGAGCGGAUGGGCUGACGGGCCGGCUUACGUGACUCAGUGCCCCAUCCCGACAGGGCGCAGCUACGUCUACAACUUCACCAUUGUGGGGCAAAGGGGGACUCUCUUCUGGCACGCCCACAUUUCGUGGCUCAGGGCGACCCUCUAUGGCCCCAUCAUCAUCCUCCCCGAGCUUGGUGUUCCCUACCCUUUCACCAAACCCUACAGAGAAGUCCCUGUUAUCUUCGGGGAGUGGUGGAAGGCUGAUACCGAGGCUAUCAUCCACCAGGCGCUUCAGACUGGCGGAGGCCCUAAUGUCUCAGAUGCCUACACCAUCAAUGGUCUCCCGGGUCCCUUGUACAACUGUUCUGCUAAAGAUACGUUCAAGCUCAAGGUGAAGCCCGGAAAGACGUACCUCCUCCGCCUCAUCAACGCCGCACUCAACAAUGAGCUCUUCUUUAGCAUCGCCAACCACACGGUCACCGUCGUCGACGUCGACGGGGUCUAUGUGAAGCCCUUCGACGCUGAGACCCUACUGAUAUCGCCGGGCCAGACCACCGACGUCCUCCUCCACGCCAAGCCUUAUUACCCCGACGCCAUGUUCUUCAUGACUGCCAGGUCCUACGCUACCGGAUCCGGCACGUUCGACAACUCCACGGUCGCCGCCGUCCUCGAGUACCAAAAUCCCAGCAGAUCAUCCCCUGCUGUCUUCACCAAGAAUCUCCCGCUCCAUAAACCAACCCUCCCGGCAUUCAACGACACGUCCUUCGCCGCAAACUUCACCGGCAGGUUACGUAGUCUGGCAACGACUCGUUUUCCGGCCAACGUACCACAGACCGUAGACCGACGCUUCCUCUUCACGGUCGGGCUGGGGACGAGCCCGUGCCCGAAGAACCAGACAUGCCAAGGACCCAACGGCACCAAGUUCUCGGCCACCGUCAACAACAUCUCCUUCGCGUCGCCGACAACGGCUCUCCUCCAGGCGCACUUCUUCGGGCAGUCGAGGAACGUCUACUCCCCGGACUUCCCCGUCGUCCCUCUGAUGCCGUUCAACUACACGGGAACCCCGCCGAACAACACGAUGGUGAGCAACGGGACGAAGCUGGUGGUGCUUCCAUUCAACACCAGCGUGGAGUUGGUGAUGCAGGACACCAGCAUUCUGGGGACGGAGAGCCACCCGCUGCACCUCCACGGCUACAAUUUCUUCGUCGUGGGGCAAGGGUUCGGCAACUACGAUCCGGCGAACGACCCGGCCAAGUUUAACCUAGUGGAUCCGGCGGAGAGGAACACCGUCGGCGUGCCGGCCGGCGGCUGGGUGGCCAUCAGGUUCUUGGCCGACAAUCCAGGUGUGUGGUUCAUGCACUGUCACAUCGAGGCUCACAUGAGCUGGGGUCUGAAGAUGGCAUGGCUGGUCCUUGACGGAGAACUUCCGAACCAGAAGCUGCCGCCUCCACCGUCGGAUCUCCCGAAAUGCUAAUCUCGGUGGUGGAUUCACGGCUCGACUAACUUGGAUGCUCUCGAUCGAAGUUAUCAUUUUUAAUCUCAGUUAUCGUGUGUGUCUUUUGCCUUCACAGUGGUGAGCGAGGAUUAAAUGCUGGAUUAACCAACCCGUCUGCUUUUUGUAUCAGUGACAUGACGAUAUGAGCCUUCAUAUCGUCCGGUCUUUUGCUUAAUCCGAUUCAAUAAAACCUAAAUUUCUUAUUCUCA